AUGCUUUGGGAGCAGCAGCAUAUUGUGGUAGUAUAGAGAUUGUUACAAUAUUGCUGGACAUGGGUGUAAACCCUAAUAGGGGCGAUGCAUUGGCAAAUGCAGCAAUCAGGGGCGAUGCGGACAUUGUUACUUUGUUGUUGGACAAGGGGGUUGACCCUAAUAAGGGUGAUGCAUUGAAAGGGGCAACACUUCAUGGCAAUACGGACAUUGUGAAAAUGAUACUGGAAAGAGGAGGUGACCCAAAUAAGAUGAGUGACUUAUUGGAAGAGGCAGCAAGACAUGGCCAUGAGGGCAUCGUCGAACUGCUGCUUAAGAAAGGCGCUGACUCUAAUAAGGGUAAUGCAUUGGAAGAAGCAGCAGAAAAUAGCCAUGAAGGAAUUGUUAAACUUUUACUAGGGUUGGCAUCAGAACCUAAGAAGGCUUACGCUUUGACAAACGCAGCACGUAAUGGCCACGAGGGCAUUGUUAGGAUGAUGCUCGAAAGGGGUGCGGACCCGAAUAAGGGUGACGCGUUAGAAAAGGCAGCAGGGCAUGGGCAUGAACGCAUUGUCAAGCUAAUGCUAGAGAGGGGUGCGGACCCUAAUAAGGAUGAUGCUUUGAGAUGGGCAUCAUUUGGUGGCCAUAAGAACAUUGUAGCACUGCUUCUAAAGAAGGGGGCCGAUCCUAAUCAGGGAGAUGGUCUGAUGGAAGCAGCAAGCAGGGGUCACAAAGACAUAGUGGCACUACUCCUUGAGAAGGGAGCGGAUAUUAAAGAGCUGGCGGUCGAAGAUAAAAAAGCCUCGAUCAAAGGAGAUAUGAGUGAAUUAAUUAAGAAAAAGCAAGAACAAAUACGGAAACACCAGCAAGAAUUCAAGGCAGGAAUCACGGAAAAUGAUGAAAAAAUCCGUAAUAUUACUAUUACGGUCGUUGGCCAUAAAGGCGUUGGGAAGUCGUGUUUCGUAAGACAAAUUAAACAUGAAAGCAUACCGAUAGGUGGGCCGAACUCGACGGAUACCGCCGAUUUUUACGUAAACUACAUAGCCUACAACCCGAACACCGGAUAUCGACAAAAACUCGACGAAGAAGGAGAAUUGGACUGCGGUCGUCAUCGACUGAAACGAAUUAUCGAUCGAUAUCGAAAAGAGAAAAAGACUACUGGAUCGGGGCAUGUCCGUGAACCAGAGCGUGGAACCGAGGACAAAAGAGCUCCUUCAUCUAUGUUCGCAACCGCAACAUCUCUGAUGUCAUCUACGUCCUUAGAAACAGAAAGAGAGGUUUGCACCAGACACUAAAACAACUGUUACCGAAAAUAACGUUCUGGAAAAGAAUAAAAGAAUUAUCUGCGGAAGAAAAAGAAGUUAAAACUGAAAUAAAGCACAUCGAGCCAGUAUUAUCUUCGGAACAAAGACAAGUUAUAGAUGAGAUCAUGCACAGCGAACCAGAAGAAAGU